AGGCACAACUCCUCAGCUUACAGCUUUUCUCAUCUUCGAUCUCAUCAAAUUCAGAUUCCUCUUCGCCGUCUCCUAAAAUCCAAGCUGAGGACUCUGCAAUUCUGAUCUCAAAUUAAUCGAAUCCAAUCGCGCAUGCUCCUCAUCUAAUCCUGUUUGCUUUCUGUUUUUUGGUUCUAUCCUGUUUAGUUUUGAUUUAUUGUUUUCGUUGAUGUUUUGCUGAAUCUGGAGUGAAGAGAGUCAUGAAGCGAGGCUUGGAUUUCGCACUGGGGGCUGAGUCUGAGCUCGUUGGUUCACUUGGUCCCACUCAGGGGUCGGAGAUUCAGUCUCAGUGCUGGCAACGAGUUGAUGCGGGUGCUAGUUGUAAGAGAGCCAAAGUUACUCGGGUAAAUGGUUACAUUGUUUAUACUCGGACUAGGAAGUCUAGGAUUAGUGCAUGUCAUGGAUUUUUGGAUAAUUUGGAAAGGUUAAAGAGCUUGAAUGAGCGAAGAAAUGAUGCUUUAGAUACUGUAAUUGAUGAGACACCAGUGGCUGAAACUGUAAUUGGAGUGGGAGGAAAUGUAAUUGAAGAUAGUUUGGCUGUUGGAAACAGGAUUCGAGCCAGACCCAAUAUGGGGAAUUUAAUAGACGAGCUCUCAUUGGUUGAGGUUGUGAUUGAAGAGAGCCGGGAUUUUGAUGAAAAUUCAAUUGAAGGGAGCCUGGUUGUUGAAACAAUUGGGGACGGCUUGAUUGUUGAAACUGUGUUCAAAGACAGAGUUAUUGAAAAUGCAGGUGAAAUGGUGUCUGGUUAUUAUUCAAAAAUGGCCCUUUUUAAGGGAAAGAAUAAUUUACCAGUGAAAGACCUGAUACGGUUUACUCAAUUAGUGAAACCAGAGGCUAGGCAUGAGAAGAGUGUGGCUGGGAAACCACAGGUAGUUGAGAAUAAAGUGGUUCCAAAUUUGGAUGGGGAGGCAGCAGCUGAAGUAAGUGGGUUGGGGACUCUAAGAAAGAAUCUGGAGUUGAAAAUGUCGAAAAAGAUAGCACUUAACAAGUGCCCAAUGACAGUUAAGGAGCUAUUUGAGACUGGUAUACUUGAUGGGGUUCCAGUAGUUUACAUGGGUACUAUAAGUAGUAAGACUGCUGGUCUCCGAGGCACCAUUAAAGAUGGUGGAAUUUUGUGUUCAUGUUCCUCGUGCAAAGGACGCAGAGUUAUUACAACUUCCCAAUUUGAGAUUCAUGCUUGUAAACAAUACAAACGUGCAACACAGUAUAUUUGCUUUGAGAAUGGAAAGAACUUGCUUGAUGUGUUGAGGGCAUGCAGAAGAAGACCUCUCCAUAUGUUGCAAUCAACAAUUCUAAGUAUUCUUAGCGCUUUGCCAGAGGAAAAGUUUUUCUCCUGUAGAAGAUGCAAAGGGACUUUCCCCAUAAUUGAUGUUGGUCACAUAGGGCCUCUGUGCAAUUCAUGUGUGGAGUCAAAGAAAAAAUCCCAAGGCAGCCCAACUGGUACAACCAGGAGACAAGCUAGAUCAUGGGAUCCAGUUUUGGUUUCACAGUCUCCUGAAAGUUCUUCAGUUAGCAUCUCUUCACAAAAUAAUUGUUUCAGAUCACCAGUUUUCCUCUCACAUUCCUCGCCAAGCACUUCAGUGGACGUCACUUCACAAAAAAAGAAUCUAAGGAAGAUAACAGAAAGGCCUUCUGAACUGGAUAUGGAAUCAAAGUUACACAAAUGUGCUUCAAUGUCUAUUUCUUUGCAGGAUAAGACUCCAUUGAGGACAAUGGGGAAGUCUCGAAAACCAGCAUUAUUGGCAAAGUUCUCCAAAAGUGCUUCAGUGCAUAUCUCCUCGCAAAAUAAGGCCCGAUGGAAACUCAUAAAAAGGUCUACAAAAUCAGCUUUGAUAUCAAAGUCAUUACAAAUUGCCCCUUCACAUACAUAUGCACCAAAUGGAAGUGAACGGAAGAUGACAACAAAAGACCAGAGAUUGCAUAAGUUGGUAUUUGAGGAAGGUGGACUGCCUGAUGGAAGUGAACUAGCAUAUUUUACCCGUGGAAAGAGAUUGCUUGGGGGUUACAAAAAGGGCUCUGGAAUAGUUUGUUAUUGCUGCAAUUCUGAGGUCAGCCCCUCAACAUUUGAAGCUCACGCUGGUUGGGCAUCUCGAAGAAAACCCUAUGCAUAUAUUCACACAUCUAAUGGGGUUUCUCUUCAUGAAUUGGCAAUCUCUCUCUCAAAAGGUCGUCGACACUCUGCCAAGGAUGAAGAUGCAUGCAUCAUUUGUGCAGAUGGUGGAAAUCUUUUGCUUUGUGAUGGAUGCGCUAGGGCCUUCCACAAAGAAUGUGCAUCUCUUUCUACAAUUCCUCAUGGUCGCUGGUACUGUGAAUAUUGUCAGAACUCAGUUAUGAGAGAAAAGUUUGAUGCCAUAGAUCAAAUAACCAAGAGAUGCAUACGCAUUGUAAAAAACAUUGAAGCUGAACUAAGUGGUUGUGUACUAUGCAGGUGUUCUGAUUUUAGCAAAUCAGGGUUUGGUCCGCGUACCAUCAUACUUUGCGAUCAGUGUGAGAAAGAAUAUCAUAUUGGCUGUUUGAGGAGUUAUAAAAUGGCUGAUCUAAAGGAAUUGCCAAAAGGGAAGUGGUUUUGUUGCACGGAUUGCAAUAGGAUCCAUACAAUAUUACAGAAGUUGCUCAUUUGUGGAGCUGAAAAGAUUCCCAACUCUCUUUUGGAUGUUAUAAAGAAGAAAUAUGAGGAAAAGGGUUUAGAAACAACUGCAAACCUCGAUGUAAGAUGGAGGCUUCUGAGUAGCAAAAUAGCUUCUCCUGAAACUAGGUUAUUGCUUUCUCAAGCUGUUGCUAUCUUCCAUGAGUCCUUCAACCCUAUAGUUGAUCCAACCACUGGCCGUGACCUUAUCCCAUGUAUGGUUUAUGGAAGGAAUUUGAAGGCCCAAGAGUUUGGGGGAAUGUACUGUGCAGUAUUGACAGUCAACUCACUGGUUGUUUCAGCUGGAAUACUUAGAGUUUUUGGGCAGGAAAUUGCAGAACUCCCUCUAGUUGCAACUAGUAUUCCUAACCGUGGGAAGGGCUAUUUCCAAUUAUUAUUCUCCUGCGUUGAGAAGCUGCUAGCAUUCUUGAAUGUAAAAACCCUUGUGCUUCCAGCCGCUGAGGAAGCCGAGUCAAUAUGGAUAAAUAAGUUUGGUUUCAAUAAAUUAGAACCAGAUCAGUUCAUCAAUUAUAGGAGAAGCUGCUGCCAGAUGGUAAGAUUUAAAGGAACAUCCAUGCUACAGAAAGAAGUUCCUGCCUGUCAAAUUGCUAGUGCUUCCGAGCUUACACAAUCCCAUACUAAGACAGAGCUAACGGCAUCUGGUAACUAAGGAGAAUAGCAAAACCAUUCUUUCCAAUUUUUUUGUUCUUAAUUUUAAUUAGUUAGUGUACUCGGUUAUUAAAUUGCAUCAUUUGUAACUCCGUCACAAUUAGUUGGCUUUAUUGUGCUUGGCAAGCAGUCCUCACAUUUUGCUUACGAAUUAACAUGGUUGGACAUCGCCUUAUUGUAAAUUGCCAAAUUGGCAUGUUUUCACUCCCAAAAAUGCUAUAUGUGUUCAGUUCAAAAUUUUAAGUCUUCUACGAAAGUUGCAGCAAUUGAAACAAACUGGGGGAAAAGGAAUAGCAGGAAAAUCAUUUACUUACCAGAAGUAUAUUUGAUAACAUGAAAGUCUUCUACAGUCCGCUUGGAAUCGUCAGCCCAGUGUGAGAAAAGACAUGUACCCUUUUAUGAACGAGGGAUGCAAGAAGAUUCAUUAAUGGUAUUUAUCCUUUCUUACCUCGGACUGAUAUUUUUUCUUGCAUGACGAACUGUAAACUGUAAAACUUCAGUCUCCAUUGAUAAUGUUCCUACUUCUAUAUUCCGUCCAUAAUUUAUCUUUCCUUAACAAAAGUGCAAUUAGUUA